UUCUUUGAAAUUCAAAUUAGACAUACAGUUUGCGAUAAAAUAAAGUUUAUUUUAUCUAUCUGCGAAGAAGCGGAGAAAUCUCAAAAUCAAUUUCCUAAAAUCGGAAUCUAAAGAUACUUAGUGUGCUUUGUAUACAGAAAAGGCCAUGGGUUUGACAAAGAAGAUUUUGGUUUCAAUAUUGCUGGCGCAAUGUUUUAGUACGGUGAUCCCGGCAAAACUAACGCAGGAUUACGAAACCUUACAUCAAACGUAUGUCGCCAAAACCAAAGCUAUGAUGAAAUCAUUCCUGUCAACGAUUUCGGCUGAAUUGAAAGCUGCGUUGCUUAAAGGAGCUAGUAGCAGUUGUUCAGAUAAUUUUGUUGGCUCCGUGAAGACGGUUAUUGAUCCCAGAAUUGAAGAGAUGACCAAAUGUUAUACCAGCAAUACUGAUACUAAGGUUGCAGAAAAUUGCUACAAAACAACCCUUGCUGCAAUAAAAAAAGGCGCACAUGAUCUGCAUACUGAUGUUAAGUCUUGUAUUCGAUUAAGUUGCAUUGCCAUUGGUCUUAAGAACUGCUAG